AGUUAACAUUACUCGAUUUAAAUCGUGUACUCUAUCGUAAUUCAAACGAAGAACAAGCAGAUGGAUUGGGCAUUGAUGUUUAUGAAAUACCGGGAUAUGGUAAGUUGCACUAAUAUAAUAUUUGAGAAGCUAGAAAUAGAGAAAACAAAAUGAAUUCGACUGAAGUUCAUAGUAAGUUUAUGAAAUAUACCCAAGUCUAAAUCCACUGUUGAUUUCAAUCGUUCAUACUUUCCAUGUUUAAUUUGU